CGGGGUUUCACAACAAGUCGGUCUGUCCCCAAGGUCGCGUCCCAUCAACUCUUUUGCAUCGCCAUUCAGUGCUUGUCCGAGCUUUGUGCGAGCGUGUUAGUUUACAUAUACAUCCCAAAUGGGCAAGGCUUUUGUGAUUUUGGCGUGCGCCUGCGCCGUCGCGUACGCACAAUUCGGUAAUUCGGGUUUCCAAUCAUCGCCAUUUGCACAAUCUUCUGGAACGUUCGGACGGGGUCAAACAACUUUCCAACAAACUUCAAGACCUGGACAGUACCAGCAAAGUAGUUUCGGAAGUCAAAACCAGUACCAACAAAACCCACCCCAACGUAAUCAAUACCAGCAAACCCAGUACCAGCAAAACCUGAAUCAACGGAACCCAUACCAGCAAAAUCAAUAUCAACAGAACCAAUAUCAGCAACCAUCAGCGCCAAAGCAAAGUUUUGGCUCCUGCAAAGACAAAGAGCGCUCCCCGGUGUCUGGUAGUUGUGACAGAUAUAACGAAUGUGUCAACGGAGCAUUUGAAGAGAAAUUAUGCCCUGAUGGUCUCCGAUUCAACCCUAGCGUGAGGGAUGACGUAUACCCCUGUCAAUACCCCAGCGAGGUGCCCUGCCUCGAGCGCUCAUCGCUACAACCCGCUCAGCCAACAGCAGACUGUCCACAUCAGUUUGGAUUAUUCAAACUGGGUGAUGCGCGAAACUGCAGCGGCUUUAGAAACUGUGUGAACGGAGUUGGCUUUGACUUCACUUGUCCUGAAGGGUUGGCCUUCAGUUCAGAGACGUACCGAUGCGAAUGGCCUGACGAAGUCGCUGACUGUGAUGCUGAAGCAUUCCUCGGCUUCCGAUGUCCAGAGGUGCCUGUAUCGAGGGAACUUGGACCACCUGUCGGAUACAGAUAUUACAGAUCAGAUGCCAAUUGCCAGAAGUACUUCAUCUGCAUCGAGAACCGUCCUCGGGCUUUGUCUUGCGGUGGAGAUUCAGCAUUUGACGAGCUCACUUCCACGUGUGUUUCUGCUGAUGAAGUCUCCAGUUGCCCUCCGGAGCUAAGAGCUUCAGCUGCCCGUUCCAGAGAGGAAGAAAAGCAACGACUGGCAAAGGAAGUGUCUUUUAAUGCCAAACCGCUACAGCAAAAAAGGAGAUAUUGAUAGAAUGUAAUGAAAUAAAGUCAUGUACAGAUAGGUCUUGAACCUUUUAUACCUUGUAGGUUAUUACCUAGAUAGAUACGAGCUGUGAUGCAAUUUUUGUUAAUACAAUAGGAAGGUAUAAUUUUUACUAAACCAGUGAAACUAUUGUCAUAAUUUUCACCACACAAAUUAAAAUACCUUUUACGUUUUAUAUAUACAGACACAAUCUAUUACAAGUGCAAACUGUACAAGUACAUAGGUAUUAUUUUAUUUUUAACAUACUUAUGGAUGUACUUCGCAAUAAAAAAUAGUCUUUUUUAUUUCAGUAUUGUAAGGUACAAUACUUUUGUUCGCCUUUUUUUUGUUGCAUCGUAAAAUAAAUUUAUUAGAAGACCGUAUUUACUGUAAAACUACAAUAAAACCUACUACUAUUACUAGUUAAGAAUUGUACAAAUAAAUACAAAUAUAACAUUAAA